AUGUAUACCGACAAAACCUCCCAAUUGCCAUUGGCAGGCGUCCAUCACUCCCCACCCUCUAGACUCUGGUGGCUGAGGUACAAAGCACUUUUGGUGUUACUUCCAGGAUUUUAUUUCUUGUUAACCUAUCACCAAGUCCCGCUUAUCUCCACCAAAGGAACCACUUCGUUUUGCCCUGAAGUCGCCAAAAUCAACCCAUUGGAUGUUAUAUACAGCCAGGAGACAUUACAGAUGUUGCUCCACAACCAAACGUUCAAGUUGGAAUCGGCCAAGCGUUUGGCUGCUGCUAUCCAAGUCCCCACCGAAGUCCACGAUGAUAUGCUCAAUCCCAACACCACCGACUCAUAUGAUGACUUGUACAAGCUUGAGCCUGCUUGGAAGAACUUUGAAUUUUUCCACAGCUUUUUGGAGGAAACUUAUCCGUUGGUGCACAAACACUUGAAGGUUGAAAAGGUCAAUAAGUUUUCGCUUGUAUUCACCUGGCAAGGGUCCGACUCCACCAAGAAACCAUUGAUGUUAACGGCCCACCAGGAUGUGGUUCCUGUUCAAAAGGAGACAAUUCCUCAAUGGGAUUAUCCUCCUUUCGAGGGGGUCAUUGCCAACGGAAGUGUUCAUGGAAGAGGUGCUUCGGACUGCAAAAACCUUCUCACGGGCUUGAUGGACACAAUAGAAUUGUUACUCGCAGAGGGUCAAUUUUCCCCAGAAAGAACGGUAAUUUUGGCAUUCGGAUACGACGAGGAGUCCGAAGGAACUGGGGCAGUUGCUAUCAGCGAGUUUCUUCUUGAACGGUACGGAAAAGAUUCGAUGUACCAAAUUAUUGACGAGGGAGGUUCAGGGUUCACUGAACAGAAUGGGGUCAACUUCAUUCUCCCUGCUACCGCAGAAAAGGGCCAUUUAGAUAACAUCAUCGAGCUCUACACACCUGGAGGUCACUCGUCUGUCCCCCCUCCACACACCCUGAUUGGUAUUAUUUCGGAGUUGGUGAGUUUGGUGGAAAAAACUCCCUUUGACAGUAUCAUCACUCCACGGAACCCGGUUUUGGGAAUGUUGCAAUGUGUUGCCGAGCACUCUGAUAUCGACAAACUGAUGAAAUCUACCAUCUUGAAAGCGCAUGUUGACAAGAAGGCCAACAAAAAUCUCUUGAAGUAUCUUUCAAAGGAAAUAAGAACCAAGUAUUUGGUCACCACCUCUCAGGCAACAGAUAUCAUUAGUGGGGGUGCCAAAGCCAACGCUUUACCAGAGCACGCACAGGUGUUGAUAAACAGCAGAGUUGCGGUUGAAGAGUCGAUUAAGUCGACCUCCGAUAAGAUUUUGGGAAAUGUAUUGAGUAUUGCCCACCGAUUUGACUUGGGGGUUUACUUCGAGGGAGAACAAUUACUUGCACCCACAGAAAAUGGGUACUUCAACUAUACUUUGUUCAGUCCUUUGGAGCCUGCCCCAGUUACUCCAAUGUACUCUGACGUUUGGAAUACAUUUGGGGGUCUGUUACGGUUUUUGUACGAAGAUUUGGUGUUUCCUCAGGACGAUAAGAAGUUUGUUUUUGCACCCUAUUUAUCCACAGGGAACACAGACACAAAGUGCUACUGGGACUUGACUGCCAAUAUUUUCCGGUACAUGCCCGGAUUUCCUGGACCUGAUCGUCAUGUGCACUCUGUCAGUGAGUUUGUGCCCAUCGAAUCCCACUCGUUGAUUGUGGCCUUUUAUUAUUACUACAUCCAACUUGUGGAUAAGAAGUAA